UGGCUUCCUGGGCGAACAGCGUGCUGCUGCGUCAUCGCCAGUGGCCGGUUUGAAUGAGCCUCGUCGCACCGGAGCUGCCGCCUCCACCUCGCUUCCUCCCCGGCCGCCUCCACGAGUUGCUUCGUAUUUCUCGGCGCCCUUGUCAGACCCAGCCUCCCGCGCCGUUUCUCCCUUCCUGCCUCGCCAUGCCACUCUACUCUGUUACAGUAAAAUGGGGAAAGGAGAAAUUUGAAGGUGUAGAAUUGAAUACUGAUGAACCUCCAAUGGUGUUCAAAGCCCAGCUUUUUGCAUUGACUGGAGUCCAGCCAGCCAGACAAAAAGUUAUGGUGAAAGGAGGAACCCUGAAGGAUGAUGACUGGGGAAACAUCAAAAUGAAAAAUGGAAUGACUGUACUAAUGAUGGGGUCAGCAGAUGCUCUUCCAGAAGAACCCUCUGCUAAAACUGUCUUCGUAGAAGACAUGACAGAAGAACAGUUAGCAACUGCUAUGGAAUUGCCAUGUGGAUUGACAAACCUUGGUAACACUUGUUACAUGAAUGCUACAGUUCAGUGUAUUCGUUCUGUGCCUGAACUCAAAGAUGCCCUUAAAAGGUAUGCAGGUGCAUUGAGAGCUUCAGGGGAAAUGGCUUCAGCACAGUAUAUUACUGCAGCUCUUAGAGAUUUGUUUGAUUCCAUGGAUAAAACUUCUUCUAGUAUCCCACCUAUUAUUCUGCUGCAAUUUCUGCACAUGGCCUUUCCACAGUUUGCAGAGAAGGGCGAACAAGGGCAGUAUCUUCAGCAGGAUGCUAACGAAUGCUGGAUACAAAUGAUGAGAGUCCUGCAGCAGAAGCUAGAAGCUAUAGAGGAUGACCCUGGUAGAGAGACGGAUUCUUCAUCUGCAUCAGCAGUGACACCUUCUAAAAAGAAAAGCUUAAUUGAUCAGUAUUUUGGUGUUGAGUUUGAAACUACCAUGAAAUGUACAGAAUCUGAAGAAGAAGAGGUCACCAAAGGGAAGGAGAAUCAGCUUCAGCUCAGUUGCUUCAUUAACCAGGAAGUGAAGUAUCUUUUCACAGGGCUGAAAUUGCGACUUCAGGAAGAAAUUACUAAACAGUCUCCAACACUGCAGAGAAAUGCUUUGUACAUCAAAUCUUCUAAGAUCAGCCGGCUACCUGCUUACUUAACUAUUCAAAUGGUUCGAUUUUUUUAUAAAGAGAAAGAAUCUGUGAACGCCAAAGUUCUUAAGGAUGUUAAAUUUCCUCUUAUGUUGGAUGUUUAUGAACUCUGUACACCAGAACUUCAGGAGAAAAUGGUCUCUUUUCGGUCAAAAUUCAAGGAUCUAGAAGAUAAAAAAGUGAAUCAGCAACCAAAUGCAAAUGACAAGAAUAGUCCUCCAAAAGAGAUUAAGUAUGAACCCUUUUCAUUUGCUGAUGAUAUUGGCUCCAAUAAUUGUGGCUACUAUGACUUACAAGCAGUGUUAACUCACCAGGGAAGAUCUAGUUCUUCAGGUCAUUAUGUAUCAUGGGUGAAAAGAAAACAAGAUGAAUGGAUCAAAUUUGAUGACGAUAAGGUCAGCAUUGUAACCCCAGAAGAUAUUCUGCGGCUGUCUGGUGGUGGAGACUGGCACAUUGCUUAUGUUCUACUUUAUGGGCCUCGAAGAAUUGAAAUAAUGGAAGAAGAAAGUGAACAGUAAUCUUCAAUUUAGCUAUUUAUGCUUAGGUGUGAAUGUUUUUGUUGUUGUUGUUGUUGUUGAACAUUUCUAUAAUCUUGCGCUCUAAAGAGAAUGAGAACAGAACCAAGCCACUUGUGCAUCUUCAAUCUUAAGACUGUGGAAAAUUACGUUUGGGUGCUACCUGGUGUAAAGGUAGCUUCAAGACAUUCUUCAGAAUCUCAUUUUUGCAUUAAUUCUUAGAAAUUCUUGGCUGAAAUUUAGCAGUGAUGUUUAUUGCACACCUAUUUGUUGUUCUUGCAUGGUUAAUAUCACCGUUCAGUAGCUGCCCGUCCUUUGCCUUAUCUAACCAAUAUUUUUCUAGGAAGGUGGAAAACUGUUGCUCUCAUCGUGUAACUCAGUGCUGCUGUCCACAUCCCAUCAACUGGGUGCAAUCAAGUAUUGUCCAGACUGACUGUUGCUGGCCUUUCAUGACUUUACAAUAAAUUGUGAUCAAUAAGAACACACUUGAUUAUACACUUAUUAUUGUGUCUCUAAUGUACUGUGGUUUAUAUUUUAAACUUUGCAUUGGUUUUUGUAGUAAUCAUAAUGUGUAAACAAGCUCUGGUUGCUUGGAAACCAAGGAUAAUAAUAAAAAAAUAAGGAAAAAGAGGGAUUAACAACUUUUGACAUCGUUUCUUUUUAGCAUUAGAGCUUGGCUGAAGAGUCAGAUGGAUUCAGUACUAUACAGUUUCCGCAAAUGGCUAAUAAUCCUAAGCAGUCAAGAAUCCAUUUAAAAUACAAGAAACUUUAGCUUGGCCAGUGUUAUUACAAAAGAAAUACAAAAUAGUAAAGGUGAUGAAUCAGUUCCUUUGGACAGUGAAUUCUGUGAUCAGUUUCAUUCUCAUACAUUUGUUGUUUCUAUUUUCUUCCCCAAAGUCUUUAUGCCCAUCUUGAAAGUUACUGAUUUUUAAAAUUAAGAUAUACAUUACCAAGAGUAUUGUUUAUUAAUCUACUGACUACCCAGUGAGUAAGUCAGUCCUUAGAUAUUUCAGGAACUUUAGCAAUCUAUGGAAAGGGUGAAGUGUUGAAUAUUAGUGAACUGAUCUGAUUUGGAUUAUUAAUAACAUUUCAGGAAUAUUAGGACAUCUUGGACCUUAUGUUUUAAUGCUCUGUAAAGUACCCAAGAUUCCUUUAGGAUAAUAAAUCUGUAACAGUGUGGGUAAGUCAGCAUUUUAGGUUUGUAAAUAGUUUGGUAUCUUAAACAUUAUUAGCAGUUGAGACUCCUUACAAUGGGGAGUGAAAACAUGGAAUGAAACAGUACUCUGUGUAUAUAGUUUAUGUCAUGACCCCUGGGUCUUAUUUGCUAGAACAGUUGUAGAAUGAAGUAAUUUGGCACCUGUGUUUUCCUACUUAACCAGGUGAGGUAGAUUUAGAACAAAUAUGCCAAAACUAUGUUUAGAAUGCAUUAAGAAUUAAAAAAAAAACUAUUAUACAAAAAGCUUGGUGAUAGUUUAUUUGACCUAAAAAAGCAUUCCAAAAAUAAUUCUUUAAAGUAGAAAUAGUAUUUCCAUCAUUUUGUUUUAAAUAAGGUUUGUUUUAGAAUGCAUCCUUGAAUGUAAGAGAGAUGAGGCAAAAAACAUUCUCCUUCCUUUCAAUUCCUGAACAUGCCUUAAUUUGCUUACUGCAGAAGACAUCUGGAGGCUAGGGUCACUGCUUUCCGAGCUAGUAGAGUGCAGUUCACCACUUCACAGUGGUCUGCCCAGUAGCCCUUCCUAAACACCCACAGGAAAUGCUGUAUGGGAACAGAACAUGAACAUCUUAACCUUCACCCAGUAUACAUACAGGGUAUUUUCAUAUAUCAAGUGAACUGACAGGAAUCCCUGGGUGUUUAAAGACUUGAGGAGGUCAAGUAAUCUUUGUAAAGCUAAAGGAGUAGUUGGGUCUUAGAUUCCACUUCACAUAAAGUUAGAGCUAGCAAACAUUUUGUUUUGGCCAAACAGCAAAUGAUUUGGUUUUUGCAGGCCCCUGGCUAUCAGUUUGAACUCUUUGCUAUUGUAGUGUAAACAUGUCAGAGUGCCAGUAAAACACUUAAACUAUCCAUGGUUUGCUGAUCCUCUUCUUUCCAGCUUGAGAAUAAGAUUACAGUCCUAAGGUUUCAGAAGUGUCAUCUUGUGAUUUCAGAAUAAGUUUUUAUAACCGAUAGCAUGCAGGAAACUAAUUUGGGACAGGACUGUAAGUAGUACUCAUUUAAUUUCACUAUAAAAAUACUUAACAAAAAUUAGUCUGUGAUCUUGAGGUCCUUUACUCUGGCCAUUUUCCCACCCUGUCCUCCACUCCAAUGCCUGUUCUGUAUGUGGUUUUUGGAGCACCAGCCAACUGUACAAUAGCUGUUAUAAAAGUGUUUAUUGUUUACCAAAACCAGUGAACCAUUUAUCAAAUGCUGCUUGGUAACAAAAUCUUAUCACUGUUUGAUAAAAAAGAAAAUUAAAGGAAGAAAGCUAA